AUGCUAAAUCCCUUGCAAGUGUUCCAAGAGCUAACUGAAAGCUCAUCCUUUUUGCAACCUUUGGCAUUCACACUGCUGGCCAUUUUCCUCGUCCUCCUAUACACAUGGUACUCUUCGACUAAAACCACCACCCAAAAGUCAUCACCACCACCUUCUCCACCAAAGCUCCCUAUCAUUGGGAACCUUCACCAGCUAAGCUCGUACCCUCAUCGCUCAAUUCAAGCCUUGUCCCAACGCCAUGGCCCUCUCAUGCUUCUCCACUUUGGAAGUGUCCCGGUGCUUGUUGUCUCUUCAGCUGAGGCAGCCCGGGAGACCUUGAAAACUCAUGACCUCGCAUUUUCUGGUCGACCCAAGUCCACCAUCUUUGAGAAGCUUCUCUACAACUACAAAGAUGUCUCAACCGCGCCAUAUGGUGAUUAUUGGAGGCAGGUGAGAAGUAUAUGUGUGUCAAAUCUUUUGAGCAACACAAGGGUUCGGUCUUUUCGUUCUGUGAGAGAAGAGGAAACCAAAUCCAUGAUCAGAAACAUAAAUGAUUCAUCAUCAUCAUCAACCUCAUCAUCUGUUUUGAAUUUAAGCGAAAUGUUUGUGAGGCUUACUAAUGAUGUGGUGUGUAGAGUGGCUUUAGGGAGGAAGUACAGUGAUGGGGAAGGCGGGGAAAGUGGGAGGAUGUUUCAGAAGCUUUUAUGGGAGUUCACUGACUUACUGGGAACUGUUAAUAUUGGGGACUAUAUCCCAUGGCUUUCUUGGUUGAGCCAUAUCAAUGGUUUGGGAGCCAAGUUAGACAAGGUGGCUAAGCAGUUGGAUGACGUUAUAGAUACAGCGGUUCAAGAACAUAUGAACCGUAGUUCAAAGAGUGGAGAUGAUGACCAAAAGGAUUUCUUGGACGUUUUGCUUUCAAUUCAGAAAGAAAACGUGGCAGGCAUUCCUAUUGAUAGAGUUAGUAUAAAGGGUAUCAUCUUGGACAUGUUCGCUGCUGGCACUGAUACCACAUAUACUGCCUUAGAGUGGGCAAUGACUGAGCUUUUAAGGCAUCCAAGGGUCAUGAACAAAUUGCAGAAUGAGGUCAGGAGAAUAGUCGGAAACAAAAGAGACAUGAUUACAGAGGAUGAUUUGGUUGAAAUGCACUACUUGAAGGCAGUGACGAAGGAAACUCUUCGCUUACAUCCACCACUUCCACUACUAUUUCCCAGGAUGUCAACCCGAGAUGUGGAAGUAAAUGGCUACAACAUUAAAGCCAACACACAUGUUUUCAUCAACGCAUGGCAAAUUGGAAGAGAUCCCAAGCUGUAUGACAACCCAGAGGAGUAUAAGCCAGAAAGGUUCUUGAAUAGUGGUAUAGAUUACAAAGGGAAUGACUUUCAAUUGAUUCCAUUUGGAGCUGGUAGGAGGGUCUGCCCAGGACUUCAGUUUGCCAUGGCUGUUAAUGAAAUUGCCUUAGCAAACAUCGUGCACAAGUUUGAUUGGGCAUUGCCCGGUGAAGCAACUGGGGAGGAUUUAGACAUGACAGAAUCCAUUGGCUUAACCCCACAUAGAAAAUAUCCUCUCAAAGCUGUUGCUUUUCCACACUCAAGUUGAGGGAUAGAGAGGGCAUUUUCAUACACGUACAUGAACUGGUCUUCAUAUUAUAUAUGUUAAGGCUCUAAGCCUCCUGUCGUGUGUAUGUCUAUGGCUUCAGCUGUCAGUACUGUUGCCAAUUACCAUAGCACAAUAAGAACUGUCAAAAUAUUAUGUGUCAACGCAAGUUUUCUCACCAUAUACACAUUUUCAAGUUUCUUAAAUUGGUCUGUUUGGAAUACUUUGAGUUUUUGGAAAUUCAAAAUCA